GCAGCGGUAGCAGCAGCAGCAGAGAUUUUCGCUCAAUCUGCAUGAAUAAACCGAAGAAAUGGGGGGGGUAGGCACACAGCCGGUCAGGUCGAGAAGCAUUGUCCCCAGCUUUUCAGCCGACCUAUCAUCAACAUCCCAUGUAUGAUUAUAAAAACCUCUGAAUGAGCUCGAUUUUGAUCAGAUUCAUUACGCCACUUUCUGCGACGGAUCACCCAAGCCUAAUCAAACACCAACUUUUUUGCUAGCCAAUACGUGCCAAUCACGUUUAAUCAUAGUGAUUCACUGUUUUGGUACUGAACUGACCUCAACCAGUGCGUGUUGACCACGGUCACAAAUAUAAACAUGGAUGUUGUUGGGUUCCUUCCAAAUGAAGAUGUCCGAAUGGAUCCGCUCGACCUGGACGUUCUGAACGUUGAUGGUCUCAGUGCAAACUGGAAUAACUUUGAUAACUUUGCCCAAAAGACUGCUCCGUGCAAUGUGCCUUUCACACUUUCCUGCCAUUCUGAUUCCUCUUCAACGAGGAACACCUCAAUUCAGAAUCGUCGAUCAAGCAAUGAUUCCAUUUCUGUUCAUUCAGACAACAGUUCACCAAGUCAGACAUCAUUCUAUUCACCAGAUUCAAGCUUUGGAGAGUCGAAGAGCGCUUUUCAUGGACGAACUGAUGCCGGAAUCCAUAAUCAAGAUAUGUACAAUAUCAUGAGCCUCGAUGGCCUUGUGCUUCAAGAACUGUCCAACGAACCUGGUCCAAUUCAGCUCGUGAGUCAGGAGUCACCUUUCUCAUCAAGAAUGGCACCAGACGAGACUGUUUCUAUGUCACCCUCUCCGUAUUCCAUCGCCUCAUUUGACGAAACUCUUUUACCUGAGCCUACCAAGGGGGGUAUUCCCAUCAAGUGUACACCUGGCAUCGGGCCAGAAGGAUCUUUGUUCCUAACGCCACCCUCAUCCCCCGAAGAUGCUUCCAUAUUCUGCUCAAUAUUGGACACUACGAAAUCACAUUCUUCUUUGGCGAUGCCCUCCCUUCCGAAACUCAAAAAUAAUAUCCUACGCCCAGGGCAAAGCUUUCUUCCCUCUACGCUGACUACGGACCAAUCUGUUUUGCCUCUUCUGAGUUACAAUGAAAGGCAGUCAAAUCACCCAACACCCAACUUCAAAUGCAAUGCAAUCUCUCCCUUGAUUAAUGAGCAUUCACCUCAAGCUGUCCAAUCUCUUUCUGCCUUACCACGUCAUUCUAACUAUCAGCAACAAUAUCGGCACCAGCAAGCAGCACUUCAAAAUCGCUCCCGCCACCGGAAUUCUUCGAAGCGAGAUUCGGAGGGGUCGAACGAAACUUUGACCGACAAGAGGCGCAUCCAUUUCUGUUUUUACCCAGAUUGUGGCAAGGUCUAUACCAAAAGCUCUCACCUCAAGGCUCAUCAACGAACCCAUACUGGCGAAAAGCCCUAUUCUUGUAACUGGGUUGGUUGUGAAUGGCGGUUUGCCCGCUCAGAUGAGUUGACCAGACAUUUGCGGAAACACACCGGUGUGAAACCAUUCAAAUGUGGCCUUUGUGGACGAAGCUUCUCCAGAUCAGACCACUUGGCCCUCCACAUGAAGCGACAUCAGUAAAAGAAAAUUUGUCUAGGACAAUGCAUUAUCCAGAAGUAUUACAUACUCUUUAGAAUUCCGUCAAAAACGGAAGCACAUAUCAGUUGUGUAAAAGUAAUAAUUUUUCUAUUUACAAUGCAAUAAAAGCAAAAUCUUGACACAACAAUAUGCGUAUUUUACAUGCAUAUAGGCCCUAUAAAAUGCAAUAUAAAUAGAUAAUAAAUAAGAAAUCAACCAAGAUGUUUAACGGACUGAUCGCAAGACCGAAUGAAGAUAAUGAUCUUAUAAUUCAAAUGGGGAGUGGUAUGGAUGAAUUUUUAUCGUAAGAGGUUCAGAGUACCUAGAAUUAGAAAAGUGUGGAGGGUGGAAGAAGAGAAGAAAAAUUGUACUGGCCAGAA